AUGUGGGUGGAGCAUCCAGAAUUUAUUGGUUUUAUAAAGCAGGUGUGGGAUGUGCCGGUGAUUGGGAUGGGGCUUGUCAUUCUUGCUUGUAAGCUUAAAAAGGUGAAAGUGGCUCUUCGUGAAUGGAAUAAGCGAGUGUUUGGUAGGACUAAUACCCAUAUUGAAUCUUUGGAAGCGAAGGUUGAGGGUCUGGAAGGUUGUCUGCAAAGAGAGUGGGAUAUUGAUGCCGAGAGGGAGCUUGUGCUGGCUUUGGAUGAAUUAAAUUCUUGGAGACGUAGGGAAGAUAUCAGAUUAGCUCAAAUGGCUAAAAUAAAAUGGAAUAUGGAAGGUGAUCGUAAUUCAAAAUUUUGUCAUGUAUGGUUAGCUAAUAAACGACGUAAAAGAAUCAAAGGGAUGAGAACUCCGGAUGGGGUAGAGUUUAACUCGCCAGAAGAAAUUCAUAAUGGAGCUGUUGAGUAUUUUGCGGAUUUUCUUAAAAAUACUAACCAGUCACGAGUACUUCCGGAUUUAUCAGAUUUGAUUUCACCUGUUAUUGAUGUUGAUGAUUGUACAUGUCUUUGUCGUACCCCUUCAUUGGAUGAAGUAAAGGAGGCUCUGUCUUCGAUUCUUAUAAACAGUUCUCCUGGGCCAGAUGGUUUUGGAGCAGGUUCCUCAAUCAAUUAUUAA